AUGCAUUCCAUCGUUGAUUAUAUGGCACCGCCACGAGAGCAAUGUUAUUCCUGCUUCUCGCAUGCUUAUUUACCAAUGUGGAAUGUGCUCAUGCUCCACUAUUUCCCCCCCCGUACAACUUCACUGACAGAUGCUGGCAGCCUGAUGCGCAAAUUGGUACCGUCCUCUGCCAUUCCGCCUGCUUCACGAUUGUCGAGCGAGUGGCGAGCGGGCCAGAUGACUGAUAAAGUCCUUCUCGCCACAGCCGUCGCCCAGGUCGGCAUGUCGUGGGGGUCGGCUUGUCGUGUGGCCCAGGAGGGAUCUAAUGAAGUGGCAUUCAUCACCUCCUCUUCGCCCGUCGAGACCGACCAGCCCCACAAAUCCACACGAAAACCAGCUGAAUCGCCAGCGAGCGAUCCAAACCCCGGGCCGCACGACACCCUUUACACCGACGAUAAGCAGGCGGUAAUGCGUGGGUGUGUGGAUCGAUUCCUGCUUUUUGGGCUUGACGACGAUGUGAAGACGGGGUUAAUGAGUGUUGAUAGGAGGCACUCCAACAUCUGCCGGAAGAGCAACCGCAAAAUUUUAAAGAUGUACCCGUUGAGCUCGGAGAACGAUCCGGUCUACCUGUGCACCUGCAUCGGGCCCCGCUGCAAUGAAGAAGACAUGAUGGACCGGCUCAACGGCUCCCCAUUUGUGCCCCCCACAAUCCCCACAUUAUUGUUGAUCGCUGCCUAUCGUCUUUUCAACGCC